AUGGAAAAUAAUUUGACAACUAUUGUCGAAAGAAUUAUGGCUAGGAAUGGUAUGAGUGACACAUUGCAAAGGCCACUAUAUGCUUCCCCAUUGACUGAAUUUAUUCUCCAAACUGAGGCACCUAAAGGAAUGAAGGUGCCUAAAUACACUAAGUUUGGGGGAGAAUCUGAACUGUCUAGCAUUAAGAGAAGGUUUGCUGAGAGUAUUGACGAUUAUCUAAAUAAAUUUAGAUCAUUAAAGGCCAGGUGCUUUACGCAAGUACCGGAACAUGAACUUGUUCAAAUGGCUGCUGGGGGGUUAGAUUAUUCCAUUAGGAAGAAAAUAGACCCGACCUUUGUAAAGAUUAUGUCACAAUUGGCUGAUAGAGUUCGACAUCUCGAACGGCUAAGGUUAGAAAAGGUUAGACACCAUAAGGCUAAGAAGGAAAAAAUAGCAUCCGUCGAUUAUGAUGCGACAUAUCCAAUCUAUGAGGCUGAUUAUGCCUCAUCGACCGAAUUAGAAAUUGAUGUGGAUGAGUUAAAGCCAGGAUCUGCUUAUGAGUGGAUCUGGUUUAGAAAGCAAUUCAAGAAGGCAGACUGA